AUGUUUUCUAAAUUUAAGAACAAGGAACACUAACAUAAUUUACAAUCAAAUCCAACCACUCCUUCUAAACAAUCAACAUCAUCUAAUUCUUAGCAAAACUCAUUUGUUCCUUAAUAAAUAACCCCAAAAGAAUCCAUGUUUAAAGGAAGUCUAAAAGUCAAAACUCCAUUAUAAACUUUUCCAUAAUCACAAUCAAAUCUACAAUAGAUUACUAUAGAUACAUAAUAGUAAACAAAUUCUCCAAUUGUUUCUACUUUUAAUUCAGCAGAUAAUUUGUAAACUCAAAUAAUUGAAUAUCCUUUGGAUUAACAUAAUGUAGACUAAAAUGUAGAAAUCAAAAUUGAUGAUGCUCAUUUUAAGUAGGCUACCUCUGGUUUUAGUUUUCUUAAAAGGGUUAAAUAGGAAACAUCCUAAUCAACAGAUGAAUCAACCUAAGAUUAAAAUGAAAGUUUUAUUGUAUGUGGAAUGAAUAAUCAACAAAAUUCUACAUAAAUAUAUCCUUAGGAUUAAAUUGUUUUUUCUUUUUUAAAUAAUGAUACUACAAACUAAUAAGUAAAUGAAAGCAAUUAAUAAUCAUAAUUCUACACUAAUCAUACUCUUAUUAAGUAAUAAGAUAUAAAAAAUAUCAUUGAUUCUUAAAAUUAGAAAAAAUUAAUUUAAAAUAUUAAUACUCAAAUUGAUGGCUCCCAUCUUGAACAAUAUCAAAUAUUAAUAAAGUAGCUACAUGGUUAUGAAUAGGAAUAGGAAAAAAAAAAGAGUGAAAUAUUUUUACAACAGUAAAAAAUGGAAUAAUUGAUAUGUAAUCAUAUAAUUAAGAUUUCUUAGCUCUGAAUUAUAAACAAUUAAAUGAUUUUCAUAUUUAACUAACUAAAUUAUCUUUAGAGGAGUAGGCAUUUGCUUCAUCAGAAUAAUUUGAAACAUCUCUAUAGGAAGAAUAUGUAGAGAUUUAAAAAAAAAUUUAGACAAUAGAAAAAUAAAAUAAAAUGUAUGAAUUUGAAUUUAACAAUUUCUAAAAUGAAAAACUAAAAAUAAAAUCAGAUGAAUAGAUAUAUUAUAAAAUUAUUGAGUAAUAAUUAGAUGAAAUUGAAAAGAUCCAUUUGAAAUAUAUUGAAUAAUAUUAAUAGGAAAGUACAACUACUAUUAAAAGAUUAUUACAACUUCUUGAUGAGGAGAAUGAAAGGCUCAAAAUUUAAUAAAUUCAUAUAGAUAUUAAUUAAAAACAUUUAGAUUAAGAAGAAUAACAUUUAAAUUAAAUAAUGGACAAUUAAACUAAAGAUUAUAGAAUAUCAUAAGAACUUCUAUAAAAAAAGAAAUUACAUUUAAAUACUGAAAUAACACAAUUAUAAUUAAUAUUAAAUUAGAAAAUAUUAGAAUUAUAGUUUGCUGAUUAAGAACUAAUUUAAACAUAAGAUAAAAUAUAAUAAGUUUAAUAGAAAUUCCAAUAAUAAUUAGGAAAAGUUUAAAAUAAAAGAACAAAAUUAUUUGAUGAAUCAGAAGCUUUAUAAGUAGAAAAAUUAUAAAUUGAAAACUUAGAAAUUGAAUGUAUUACUAAAUAAUAAGAUUAUAAAUAGAAACUUUAAGAUUUAUAAGAUUUAUUAAAUAUCAUAAAAGAAAAGAGAUAUAAUCUUAUAGAGAAUGCUGAUUUGAUAUCAAAUCAAUGUAAAUUAGAAAUUAAAGUAUUUCAUAAGUAUUAAGAAUAAAAGCAAAUUAGUUUCAGUAUAUUAUAAGAAUUACAAUAAGUUUAAAGAUCAAUUGAUAGAUUAAAUUAAUAAAGAUUUAUUAGUUAAUAAUAAUUGCAUGAAAUUUUAAACAAAAAAAGUGAACUUCAAAUUAAGCUACCAUAAAUGAUUGAUAGUAAAGCAUAAUUUGUUUAAAAUAAAAAUUUUAAGGGAGCAGCCAAUAUCAAUGAAUAAAUAAAGGAAGUUUAAAAAUAAAUAAUUCUUUUUGAAAAUAAUAUUUCUUAAAAUUAAUCAAAAGAAUCACAACUCCUAUAAUAAAUAGAUGAAAUUUAAGAUAUUUUAUUACUUAAAUAAUAAUAGUUCAAAUAAUUGAAUUAAAUAACUGAAAUAUUAAGAUAUUAAUUUUAAGAAUUAAAGUUAGAAUAAAUUUAAUAAUUAGAGUAUUAAGGAUUAUCUGCUUUAAUUUUAGAGGUAUGAUAUAUAUACUUAUAUUUUAGAUUAAGGAUGAAUUAAAGUUAUUAUAUCAUAAAAAUGAGGAUAUUCUCAAUCCAAUAAGAAAUUAAUCUUAAGAUAUUCCAAUAUUUGGAAAGGAUUAGGUUGGAUAUAAUAAUUUAAUAUUAGAUAAUGAUAUAAUUCAUGAAUAGUAUUAUCCUGAAAUUUAAUAAUAAAUCUAAAAAUUAAAAGAAAAAGUAUUUAAAUAUGCAUAAGUAAAAUAUAAAAAUAAAAUUUAGGAAGAGUAAUUUUAAGAAGCACAUCAAAUAUAAUAAUAAAUAAAUUAAUAUCAAAAAGAAGCUUUUAAUUUAAAUGAUGGUGUAAUAAGAAAUUUUGAAAUUGAUUUAAGAGAAAAGAUAAUUCAUUGA